GAAAAAUAUCGUUUGGUUCGUCGCCAGCAGCCUCUUCCAAACUCAUUCAAGACUCCAGACCUCAGUCAUGGGUCCCGAAGUACAACAAACCGCCGAGGAACAUGACUCCACCACCUCUCGGGAUGACGAAAAACAACUUCCUGCACCUCCAGACGGUGGCUCCCGGGCUUGGCUCCACGUAUUCUUCUGUCACAUGGUCUUCUUCAACACCUGGGGCGUUACCAACAGCUACGGCGUUUUCCAGCAGUACUACACGCAGACCCUCGACAGCGCGCCCAGCAGCAUAGCGUGGAUCGGAGGGAUCCAGAUGUUCCUCCUGUUCUUCGGCGGCGUUUUCUCCGGGCGUGCCACCGACGCCGGGUACUUCCGCCACUGUUUCUUCGCCGGUGUCGGACUGCAGGUUCUCGGCAUGAUGCUGGCCUCCCUCGCCUCGCGCUACUACCAGAUUUUGCUCAGCCAAGGCGUUUGCGUCGGGUUGGGCAACGGCUUGGUCUUCACGCCGGCCCUCUCGGUCACGAGCUCGUACUUCAAGAGACGUCGUGCCCUCGCCGUGGGAAUAUCCGCCGCUGGUGCCGCGACUGGCGGCAUGGUGUACCCGGCGACAGUCAACUCUCUCCUCCUUCGUUCGGAGCACCUUGGCUACCCCUGGACGAUGCGCAUCUUUGGGUUCAUAAUGCUGGCCACGUACAUCCCGCCGAUGGUUGGAUAUCGUCCGUACCUGCCCCCGCGCUCGACGGGACCGCUCGUUGAUCGGUUUGCGUUCCGCGAGAAGCCCUUUGUGUUCUUCACAGCCGGCAUGUUCUUCGCCUUCUGGGGCCUGUACAUGUCGUUCUUUUACCUGGGCAUUUUUGCGAGGGAGACGCUCCACAUCGGGGACUCAUUGAACCUGCUCAUCAUCCUCAAUGGAGUCGGGGUUGUUGGGCGCAUACUUCCAGGGUUGAUUGGUGAGCGAUUCACGGGGAUUACAAACAUGACGAUUCUUUUCGCCAUCAUAUGCAGCCUGUGCAUGUAUUGCUGGUCCGCAAUACAUAGUGCCCCGGGCCUCUACGUCUGGGUCGUCGUGAAUGGGUUGUUCGCCGGCGGUAUGCAAGCUCUCCUUCCCACGCUAGCGACACGCCAGGCUCCCGAGCCGGAUAAGGUUGGCACCUGGACGGGGAUGGUGCUCACAACGGUCAGCUUUGCCUGCUUGACAUCGGCACCGAUCCAAGGCGCGCUGAUACAGGCUGAUGGUGGAAGCUACUUGGGGGCUCAAAUGUUUUCGGCUUCGUCAAUUAUGUUGGCUGCUGUCUGUUUGACUCUGAGUCGGUGGAGUCGAGUAGGUUCGGUGUUAUGGGUCAAGGUUUGA